GACUGGAGAUAGUGUCAGACACCAAGGCAUUUAACAUGUUAGGAGCAAGCCUUACAAUUUUACUCCUUGGAAUAUAUGGUUGUGUAGCAGCUGAUGGGCCUACAGUGGUGCAUACAAUCAAAGAUGGCAGUAUUAGAGGCACCCUUAGCUACACCUUAGACAAUGCAGUUAAACCUAUCUAUAACUUCCGAGGAAUUCCUUAUGCCACCCAACCCAUUGGACCAUUGAGAUUCAAAGCCCCUAAGGAAGUAGAACCUUGGGUGGGGGAGCUAGAUGCUACACAAGCAAUGGUUGAGUGUCCCCAGGAUUAUGUUCUAAUGAAGGAAUUAUUCCAAGACUAUGGAUAUGGAGAGAUUGAAGAGCAUGACAAUGAGAGUUGUUUAGUGCUCAGUGUUUAUACCCCAACACUCAAUGAAAAGGCUAAUUUACCCGUGAUGUUUUGGAUCCAUGGUGGAGGCUAUGCACUAGGAAGUGGUAGGAUACCAGAUGGGACUGCCUUGGCUUCUCUUGGAGAUGUGGUGGUGGUCAGCAUCAACUACAGACUAGCAGCACUAGGUAUGCUGUCAACUGACAAUGAGAACGCUCCUGGUAACCAGAAUCUCCUUGACCAGGUGAUGGCUCUAAAAUGGGUCCAGAAAAAUAUUGCAUCAUUUGGCGGAGAUCCAUUCCAAGUGACCAUAUUUGGAGAAAGUGCCGGCAGUUGGUCUGUCAAUGCACUGUCAAUUUCACCACUGGCUACGGGCUUGUUUAAUAAGGUUAUUGGUCAGAGUGGUACAAUUACAUAUACACCAUACAGUAUCCAGUCUCAAGAAAUGCAGAAUGUUAAUGUCAACACUCUAGCUACAAUGACAGGUUGUGAAUCAGAAAACAAAGAUGAAGUGUUGGAUUGUUUGAGAACAAAGCCAUAUAUGGACUUAAUAAGACCAACACCACUAAAAGAGGAUGAUCCACCACUUGAUUGGAUGUGGGCUCUCAGAUUUGGGGAAACAUCUUUUCCAAAACACCCCAAUGAUCUCCUUGAAGACAAAGAAAUUCAAGAACAACUUAAAAGGAUUAAGUUCAUAUAUGGAAUCAAUGAUAUGGAAGGCUACAUGUUCAUACCUCAAAUGAUGCCAACAUUUUUUGCUGAGAAGACACUGGAAAACUGGAGAAAUGACAUGAAGACGGUGUUGGUGAUGUCCAUAGACAUAGCCCCUCCAAGUGAAGACAAUAAAGCAUUAUAUGAUGGACUAGCAGAUGCUCUCAUUGAUCACUACUUCCAAGUUUCUGACCCGACAGAGGAAGAGCUGGUCAAAGCAACAGCAAGAGUUUGCGGAGAUUUAACACUUAAUGCUCCAGUAAUAAGAACUGCUAACAAAUUAAGAGAUAUAGGCGCAGAUGUAAAGUUUUAUGUGCUGAAUAAAGGGCCAAGUCACCUAAUGAAGUUCAGGCCAAGCUAUAUAGAAACAGACCAUGGUGAUGAUAUUUUCUUCUGCUAUGGUUCAAGCCAUACUAACAACAGCCAAGAGCCAAUGUUCAGCAAUGUUAUUUAUACCAAAGAGGAUCUUCGUAUGGAAGAAUUAUUUGUAAACUAUUGGCUCAACUUUGCAAAAACUGGUGACCCAAAUGGCCCUAACCUACCACCUUGGCCUACCAGCAGUACAGAUGGAAGAAACACAGCAAUAUCUCUAGAAUUAGAGCCCACUGUGAUAGCAGACUAUGGGAAAGACAUUGCAAAACUAUGUAGUGAAACUAUUCCACGGAUUAUCAAGGACAAUACACCUGGACCAGAAAAGAUGAAAGAGGAAUUAUAA